GCGCGAAAGCUGCGCAAGCGCAGAGCCAAGCCAAUCGAACGGUUGUAUUCAAAACCCAUGAGAGGCGCCGGUCGCAUGUUGCGUGCGGCGGUCGGUGCGAACCGUUUUCACUGCCGGCCAAAGAUGGCCAAAGUGCAUGUGUUUUAACAUGCUUUCUCGUAAACGGUCUUCGUGAAAGGCCUGCAGGCUGCAAUUUGUACAGCAAUACCUCGCUGUCAUUGGCCUCCCCUUGCGUUGUACUGUCAUGGCUUCGACUGCCGAAAGAGACGGCGAAGAAAAGCCCUCGCUUUUCAAGCUCCACAAGUCUGAAGGCAAGAGGCUUCUGAAGCAAGGUGACGUCCAGGGAGCUCUACAGGCUUUCGAAAGAGCUGCCGAGUAUCAAGCCGAUGAACGCCUCCAAGCCAAAAUGGAGAAGAUGCGAGAGUUUUUGAAAAGCGAGCAAGCCCAAGAAGCUUGUGAGAGUGACAUGGUUGAAAUUGGCAACGGUUUCUACCUUUGUCAAGCCAUCGAGCGAAAACUUUAUGCUUACCAGAGGAUGGGUUUGCUAUGGAUGUGGGAGUUACACCUCAAGAAACGUGGUGGUGUGCUAGGCGACGACAUGGGCUUAGGCAAAACUAUUCAAGUUAUUGCCUUUCUUUCAGGCAUGUUUGACAGUGAUAUGAUUAAGAGUGUCAUGAUCAUUAUGCCUGUGUCCCUAAUUGCCAACUGGAAGAAAGAAUUUGCAGUGUGGGCACCAGGCAUCGAUGUGUAUGAAUACCACUCUGGAUCCAAAAAAGAAAGGGAGAGAAACCUGGCAAGGGUGCAGCGACGUGGUGGUGUCCUCUUGACAAGCUAUGGCUUGGCACAAACAAGCCAUCAAGAAUUUUGUACCAAAAAUGGCCAACAAUUUGUUUGGUGUUAUCUGAUUCUUGAUGAAGGCCACAAGAUCAAAAACCCAACUAAAACAACAAGAGCCAUCUACGAGAUUCCAGCUAAGAACCGGCUUGUACUUACAGGUACAGCCAUUCAGAACAAUCUUCAAGAGCUAUGGGCUCUAUUCAACUUUACACACCAAGGUGCACUUGUCGGCUCAUUGGCAACAUUUAAGCGCCAGUAUGAGACCCCUAUCAACAGGGCACGUGAAAAAGAUGCCACUACAGGAGAGAGGCUUUUAGGUGUUGAGAUAGCAAAGCAGCUACGUCGUUUGAUACAACCGUACUUUUUGAGGAGAACAAAGGCAGAAGCGUAUGCGAACAAAGAGAACAGUGAAGAUGAAAAGGCAGCUCUGCACCCUAAGCUAACCUUCUCUUCAAAGAAAAAUGACCUUGUCAUUUGGAUAUACCUGUCUGAGCUACAGAAAAAAAUAUAUCGGGAGUUCCUAGAGUCUGAUGAAGUAGCCAAUAUCCUCAUGACUAAGAAGUCUCCCCUUGUGCAGCUGACUGUGCUGAAAAAAAUUUGUGAUCAUCCAAGGCUUCUUUCAAAGCGAGCAUGUGUUCAAAUGGGAAUGUACGACGACAUGACAAGUGAAGAAAUUGAAGAAUUUCUCAAAAAGGAAGAAGGAAAGUCAGUGUCUAUUGGAGAUGUAGCAGAUGAUGUUUUGCUUGAAGAGUCUGGAAAGAUGACAUUUGUUUUGCAGCUUUUGACAAUUCUCAAAGCUGAAGGUCAUCGCACACUACUUUUCUCACAGUCAAGGAAGAUUUUGGAUAUUAUUAGUCGAAUUCUCACUAACAGGAGCUUCAGAGUUACUCGACUUGAUGGUACAAUCAACAAACUGUGUGACCGUGACCGCAUAGUCACACAGUUUCAAGCCAAGGACAAUGCUGAAGUGUUUCUUCUUACCACUCAGGUUGGAGGUGUUGGGCUCACUUUGACUGCUGCUGACAGGGUCAUUAUUUAUGAUCCUUCCUGGAACCCAGCAACGGAUGCUCAAGCUGUUGACCGUGCAUAUCGCAUAGGACAACAAAAAAAUGUUGUUGUGUAUCGUUUGAUAACAUGCAGCACAGUUGAGGAAAAGAUUUAUCGGCGUCAGAUAUUCAAGGAUUCUAUCAUAAAGCAAACAACUGGAAAGCAAAAUGACCCCAUGCGAUACUUCACAAAACAAGAGCUGAGGGAGCUUUUUAGUCUUGAAAACCCUAACUACUCUGGUACCCAGGUCCAGCUUUCUCAGAUGCACUCAUGGGACAAAGACGCAAACCCUGCUCUUAAUGAUCACAUUGCUCUUCUGCAAAGAAAGAACAUCUUUGGUAUCAGUCAUCAUGACCUCAUGUUCUCCGAAGAAUCUCGGGAAGCUGCAAAAAAUGAAUUUGUGCCUGGAGAAAUAGAGCGGGUAAAGGAGCGUGCCAGGAUGGCUCAACAUCUGCUCACAGUGGAGAGUGAUAUGGCAUUAGAUGAGAUUCAAAACAAGAAGUACUUUACUGUGCCUGUCAACAAUGCUGUGAAAUCUCGACCAACAGAGCAACGAGCGAGGUCGCCCAAGCAAAAUGUGUUCCUUAGUGAGCAUAAUGACCAAGAUGAAGGUAUGUCAUCCAAGUGGAACAAGGCUUUGGUGGUGCCCGAUGAUGACGACGAUGAUGAUGUCCGUAUUGAUGGUGUCGACUCGCUUAACAAGUCAUUGGCUUGCAUGACAGUCCAGACCUCGGAAAACAGCGUUAGCAUCAUAGUUGAUGAUUCAGAGGAAGAGCUCUUUCCACCUAGUGAAGAUAUGGACUCUAUCGUUAUAGACACAGAUGAGGAGUUGUCGGAUGCUCCUGAAGAAGUGGACAGCAGUGAAAGUUCCAAGAUGGAGAAACAAGCUUUUGUUGCAUUAAGUACAGCUGAUGAGAGAGUUUUUGCAAAGACUGAAGAUCAGCUUGGAAAUGAUGCAGAGUGUGAAAUUGUGAAUGUGGAACAGCCAGAUGAGGAACUGCACAUCAAGGAUGAACAUCUAAUUGCUGAGCGUUCAUUUGAAGAACUGCAUGUGUCACCUUCGAAUUUGAUGCAGGACAAGCACAAUACAACAGAACAAAGCAAAUUGCCUUCUCUUUUAGGAGAAGAGGAAGACAAUCUCACUUCUAAGUCAACUCUACAAGACCGUUUUGACAAAAGUGCUCAUAAGUCAGCAUGUGGAGAGGUUAACAAGGACACUCUUGGCCAAUCUUUGUGCACCACUGAACAAGGAAAGAGGCAUCUCAAAAAGCGUUUGUUGAAUUCCCCUAAUCAGUCAUUCUUUUUCCAGACUGAGGCAAAGCACUUGCAGCUUUCUCCAUCUGUCCUGCAGAAGGAAAGCGACAGUGAUACCAGAGCCACACAAAGGGGUCUUGGCACACCGCAGAAUAUUUUGCCCAGAAUGGCAGCAAGCAGUCCUUCCUCUCCUGCGAGGGCAUCUUUCAGCCAGCCAAGGCUCCAUAGUACACCACUGUCUACUCCUCCCAAGCGAAUUGCACCAUUUUUUGUAGGCUCACCACAGAAAUUUUCACCGUCACAAUGCCAAAAGAUGCCACCAAGUCCCUUCCAGGAGGCCCUCGCCAAGUCGGUAGAAUAUGCUGAAGUGGAUGUGACACCACUGAAAGUGCAACAAACCUCAGCCUCUCACUCAAGGCAAACGUCUGUUCAUGUGGUGUCAUCAUCGGAGGAUGAAGAGGAUGCUGCCAAAUCAAGUUCCGAUGAUGAUGAUGUGGUAGUUCGCAGACGCCUGAAGAAACCAUUUGUGAUCACAGACAGUGAUGAUGAAAGACCUUGAAUGCCCUGUAAAAAGUUUCUUUUGCAAUUGCCCUUGCUUGCUUUAAGUUCUUCCCAAUAUGCAGAAAUUGUAAAUACACAAAAUUUUGACAGAUGUUUCCUGCCAUGUUUAUUUAUGCUUGUUAAAUUAUUGGAAGCUUACCGUAGUAGCGGUGUUCUUAAAAGCAUGGUAACUUUGGACACCUCUAUCACAAAUGUGUAAUAUUGACAUGUAAAGUGAAUACUGUUCCAAAAAUAUAGGAAGGUAAUUUCUUUGUGUAUUGUUGGUAACUUUGUCAUGCUACUAUGGGAAGAGGCUUUUUAAGCAUUCUCCCAAGAGCACCUGCCCCACAUUAGCCUCAUUUGUUCCUUCCUGGAAUGGAAAAAAUGAAUAUAUAGUUACAAGCAAGGAGAAGGGAGGAGUAAAUGUUGUAGUUUGUAUCUUAGUUCUCCAUUCUAUCAUGACCACUUUGCAUGGGCUUGAUAAAUAUUUUAUGUUGUGCAUUAUAUAUUUCAUAAAACUUUUAUUUGUAUUUUAUGUAGUGACAAGUAUUUUAUGUAGGGCUCACGUGAAUGGGGUCUCUUUACAUUGCAGUUCUUUAUUGUGUUGGAAUAUAAAAAGUGUCCAUGUUGCUGGAAGGCUGCACAAGAAAGUGCAUCUCUGUUCUGCAGCUUUUUCUCUUUAUUUGCGUGACUUGUACUAAAAUAGAUUGCACAAAAUGUUUUGCUCA